AUGUCAUAUAAUGAGUUUGUGGGUUUUCUUGAACGAUUCACACAAGAGAAGUGUAAAAAACUUUAUUAUUGUCAACCCGAUUUACAAAUCACAGAAGGUUUAACCUUGAUUUCGAAUGAACUUCAAUAUCAAGAAUUUAUAGACAUUGCUUAUCAAUGUGGAGGACAAGUUCCUGUUUACAUGGACCAUUUUGGUACUACUGUGCACGUAAAUAAGGCAAAUGAAAAUGAAAAUGAGGAUAAUUGUUCUGUGAAGUCAAACAUGUCAAUCGAAGGGGAAGAAGGUAUUGACCUAACUGACUUCAUGAGUCCACAAGAAAGCAACAUGGAAGGAGUAAUCUAUGAAGGAGUAAGUCAGGCAAAUAGAAAUGAGGAGGUCACAGAAGGUGAUCCAAAAGAUGAUGAAGAUGAUAAUGUCCCAGAUGUGAAAGGAAAAACGAUGUUUAAUGAAAAAAUACAUUGGAAGAAGCAGUUGCCAAUUCUAGUGGCAGCUAUUAGUUAUGUAAAUAGAGAUGUAGAGGCAUUUGUUGAUCCUUUAUAUCGUUCUUGCAUAUAUAUGAACACCUACAAGUACUCAAUAGGAAGCAUGAAUGGGACUGCAAUGUGGCCCCCAACAGACUACAUACCACCUUUGCCACCAUUGAAAAGGAAGAUGCCAGGGAGACCCACUAUUAAGAGAAAGAGGGACAGUACUGAGGUUAGUGGAUCACACAGAGUAUCCAAGGCAAGGAAAAAGAUGGUCUGUGGUGUUUGUAAGAAAUCAGGCCACAAUAAGUCAACCUGUGAUGCAAUGUCAAAUCCCGAAAAAAGUCAGGUCAAAAAGAGGAAGGCAGAAGGUGAAGGUGAAACUAGUGCAUUAAAGAAAGGGAAGGGUCAAGGGCAAAGGGCAAAGGGGGAAAAAGGAAAGGGUGAAGGUGAUACUGGAAGUGGAAUUGGUUUCAAAACGGGAGAAGGUGAAUGUGGGUCAACAAGUGGUGUGACUAAGAAGAAGGGUAAAGAAGUAGGUACAUUGAAAUUAAGGAAAAAUUUAGAGAGGAUACUAAAGAAAAAAUUGGCAAAAAAGGUUGUAGGCAAAAACGGUGAAGGUGAUACAUCAAGCAAACCAAUGGACUUGGAUUAA